AUGAGGAAUUGGACGAUAUUUGUGGUACUACUACCACUAAUAUGUAAUUCAGAACGAGUUUAUUUAUUGGACACACUAAAUGCCACUUCCGAAUUGGGUUGGAAUGUGUUUUCAUCGUUGGACAUGGAUGGGGUAGGUUUAUUUUUUGUAGGUUUGGGGUGGAUUUUUUUUCAAUUGGGAGUGGAUUUAUUUUCAUUGGUUUGGGGAUACAUUUUUUUGUGUUAGGGUAUACUUUGGGGUAGAUUUUUUAUUUUUUUUUGAAAAAAAAAUUUUUUUGAAUUUCGAAAAAGUAAGCUAAACUACACAUUUUUUACCAUUCAAACCCUUAUUUACUUGACGACUUUUACCUCCUUCAUUACCUAAAACCUUUUAAAAAUGUCAAAAUUUACCUAAACCACCAAAAUCACCUUAAAUUCUAGUUGAAUCGAAUAAAAUAUCUAAAUUACUUGUCACUUUAACCCAUUUAAAUACAAAUUACCUUUCGUAUUUUAGUGGUUAGAGGAAACCUACCGCAGCGAGACCAAGAACCUCAACCAUCAAGCCUUUUCGACCUGCGUAGUCGAGCAAUCCAACUUUGAGAACUGGCUUUUGUUACCCAAAAUCGACCGAAAAGAGGGUCGUCGACUAUACUUCGAAGUCAAGUUUACUAUGCGCAAAUGUCAUGACAUUCCGAAUCAAGCCACCAAGUCGGUUUGUAAGGAGACGUUGAAGUUGUACGCUCAUCCUGUGAAUCCGGCUACACUUUUACCGUCGCAGAAUUGGCACAAUUCGACCGAUUGGAAGCUGGUCGAGACGCUGGCUCCGAAUGAGGAUGACGGUCAGAUAUUCGUACAAACUGUCAGUUAUGCCUUCGAUGAAAGUAGUGUCUACUUUUCGAUCAAAGACAGUGGAAGCUGCUCUUCUAUUCUCUAUGUUAAGGUAGGUCAUGCUUUGUUAAAAUUCAAUUUUUUUGUUAAACGGUAGGGCUAAGGUUGUUAGGGUAGAGAUGGAUAAGGUUAGGUAGAGUAGAAUCAGUUUAUUAGGUUAAACCAAUACUAGCGGGACACUUUUGUAGUUAAAAAAAAUGAAAAGUGUUCGGCUACUUUUGGUUCAAUCUAACAAAGUUUUUUUGAGUUUUUAAAUAAAAAUUUUUUUUGUGCUGAGUUUUUAAAUCACACGUAGCCCCAGGACUCGUAUUUUACCUCUCAAAAAUUUCACUUCCAGGUCUACUACGAGCUCUGUCCCGCCAUCUCCACCACCCUAACCCAAAUCCCGCGCACAAUCCCGGGCGCCGACCUGCAUUCCGUGGUCUCGGUUCAAGGCGAAUGCAUUGCCAAUUCCAGUCUGGUUUCCGGUCGAAGGGACCCGCCAAAAGCCCUGUGCAAAGUCGACGGCAGUUGGCAGAUGUUGACCGAGGAAUGCCAAUGCAAUCCCGGCUUUAUUUAUUCGCGGGCGGCCAACACGUGUGCACGUAAGUUAAUAUUAGAGAGGCCUUUGACCUUCGAACCGCUCAUUAAUUAGGGACAUGAUUUGGGCAAGGUGUGGGUUGAUGAGGGGGGGGCGGUUGUGAGGGAGGGUGUGUGCGAGGAAGGGGGGGGGGGUAUUUUGCAGGGGUUAAGGGAAUCCAAGGAAGGGAACAGAGAAAGGUAAUAUGCAAAUCAAGGGGAUAUUGAGCAAGGGGUAAAGACACAGUUAGGGGGAUAACGGGAGGGGUAAAAAAAUAAAAAAGAGGAGGGGGGGAGUAAGAAAGAUGUAGGAAAAUCUGGGGACAUUUGAUAUAGUUUUAGGAACGAUUUUAGACUAUUUUCAAAAAGAUAUAAGGCCUAAAAUGGCAGUAAAACCAGAUUUUUUGGAAAAAAGUUGCUUCAGUAGGUGGUCGUUUUAAAAUGAUGGUACACAGUAAUACGAACUUGAACUUUUUAAUUUUUACAUAUAUGUAGGAUAGGACAUGUUAAGUGUUUGUGCAUCUUUUCAACUUUAUUCAAUUUACAGUUUUUUUGAAAAUUGAGUUUAAAAUUUAAAAAUUUUUCAAAAAAAUUUGCUUUUUUGACUUUUUUAUGUCAUUGCCAAAUUUCAAUUGCCCAUCACUCUAAAACCACAUCAAACUACCUAUAAUUACAAUGCCCUUAUGAACCUCAAUCUAACCUCCAUAACCCCCUCGUCCCACCACCAACCCCCUAAUCAUAACAUAGAGACAGUCCAUUAAAGGUCGUGUCCGGGCAUCAAAUUAUAGGAAUAUGGGCCCGGGGAAUAAUUAGCCGCAGACAAUGUGCCGCCCUGUCUUUGGCGCUUCCUUAAUAACUUUGCCAUUAUUAUUAGGCCCUUUUGGCGCAGAGAAAACAAUCGCUUUUGUCGGGAAAUUCGAUUACAUCUAAGCGGAUUAGCGAUAUGUUGAUGGAGAGGGGACCCUUUAUAUUGGCCAAACGCCUUUUCAAAGCGUUUCGAACCGCGCCCAAAUUAAAAUGGCGCGGAAGCUAAUUUUGAGUUUGUCAAAUUAAAUUGGUUUAUUGGCGCUUUUUUGAUCAGCAUGCGAUUAGAAAUGGCAGAAAGUUGAAAAAAGUCAAAAUUAUGGAAAAAAAGGGGGAAAAAUACGCAAAAACUUCAAAAAAAUUCAAUUUUUGUCAUUUUGAAAAACACAAAUUUAAAAAAAAAAAGAUUUAAAAAAGACGUAACAUUAUCUCUGACAUCUUAAAACACAAGAAACUCAAACAUAACAUCAACAAUUUUAAUAAAAAAACCAAUUUUCAGCCUGCGGCCUAAACAGUUUCAAACCAGAUCACGGCUCCGGUGAAUGUAAACCAUGCCCAGCCAACACCGAAUCAUCUCGCCUUGCUUCAGUCCUCUGUACAUGUCUACCAGGCUUCUAUCGACCAUCAGGUCACUUACUAAAUCAAGGUUGUGUAGCACAACCUCAAGCACAACCAGACAUUACAGUGAACGAAGAGCCUCGUCUAGAUGAUGUCAUGUUUCCUGAGCCAACGUUUGAACAAUUAAAAGUUGGAAAGAACUUGUUUUUGGUACUAUGUUCUACUUUGGUACUACUGAGUGUCACCAUGUUCGGAUUGAUGGUUAUAUGUUACAAGAAAAGUUGUCAGUCGAGGAAACAGUUUAGUGAUUUGGACGUGCUGGAGUCGUAUAAACAAGGAACUUUGACACCUGAUUAUGGACCCAAUUCGAAGAGUGCCUUUUCGAAUACUUUUCAGCGGAAAUGUAAGGUUUUUUACUGUGGUGUUUAGUAGUUUUGUCAGAAUUUUAUACCUAUACUUUUAUGGAGCAUAAGUUUUAAGAUAACGUAUUCAUGUUUGAAAGUUAAUACAGGGUGUCUCAAAAAAUUUGCAGGAUUUGAAAAAUUUUUUAUUCAGCGAUAAAAAUUGCUAUAGGUACCAAAUUUGGUACAGCGAUAGUAGAGCAAAUAUAUAUAUAUUUUUUUAAAUUUUGGAUUUUAAAAGUGCAUUUUAAAUUUUUUAUGAUUUUUAAAAAAAAGGCAUUUUUCACCAAAAAUACACAUAUUUUUAGUUGAAAAUGCUUUGUUUCUCUGAAAUUUGCAAGAGAAUUAUAAAAUUUAUCUAUUUUCAAAUGAAAAGACUGAUUUUCAAUGUCGGCGAAGGCUCAGCGGAGGCCGGCGGACGCGUUCAGAUAUCGGCGAAGGCUAUAACUCGCUUCAAAAUUGUCGUAAAAUUACGAAACAAAAAUUAUUUCAUUUGGUUAUAUCCUACAAUUGUAGACUUCUUUUUUAGUAAACGUCCCCUUGAUCCCAGCCUACACCACCUCACCGCGCUCUUCUGGCAUUGUAAACCGCUACAAACCCUACGUCGACCCAACAACAUACGAGAACCCUCGAGACGCCCUAGCCGAGUUUACCAAUGAAAUCCCACCAGAUAACGUUGAAGUAACCAGAACGAUCGGUGCAGGCGAAUUUGGAGAAGUCUGUUCCGGUCGCUUAAAGGUGGAAAACGUGUACGGUGGAGUGGUGCAACAAAUUGUGGCAGUAAAGACUUUGUUGCCGGGCAGUGGCGACAAGGCCAAGGCGGAUUUUUUGGCCGAAGCCUCGAUUAUGGGCCAAUUUGAGCAUGAAAACGUGAUAAAACUUGUCGGAGUUGUUACCAAAUCAGAGCCUGUGAUGAUAUUGACGGAAUACAUGUUGAAUGGGAGUUUGGACAAGUUCUUGAGAGAUAACGAUAAUGGCAAGAUCACUGUGCCACAAUUGAUCGAAAUGAUGCACGGCGUGGCUUGUGGAAUGAAAUACUUGACUGAUAAGGGUUAUGUUCAUAGGGUGAGUUAUAAUGGCAGCUUUGAAUUUUAAAAUAUUAUUUUUACGUUUUGAAGGCACUUUUUAUAUACCAAUAAAAAUUUGACACUUUGUCAAAUUUUCCAAUUUUUUUUGACAUUUUGCUUUAUUGUAAAAAAAGUGAUAGAUGAUAGAAAUAGUAAUUUUUAAUGAUUUUUGGUAAUUUUGAAUCUAGUUUUGCACUUUCCAAUACAAUCUUGACAUUUCGUCUUAUUUUCCAAUAAUUUAUCGACAUUUCGUCUUAUUGCAAAAACCUUUACAAAAUAAUUAGAAAUAGUGAUUUUUUAAUUAUUUUGAUUAUUUCAACUUUAAUUGUGACUAUUUUCAGGACUUGGCAGCCCGGAACGUGCUGGUAGACGACCGCCUGACCUGUAAGAUUGCCGACUUUGGUCUGAGCCGUGGCGUUGGAGCCUCCUCCGAACAGGAGUACACAACUCAAGGUGGCAAGAUUCCGAUCCGAUGGACAGCUCCAGAAGCCAUCUCUCACAACAAGUAUACGGCCGCUUCUGAUGUUUGGAGUUUCGGCGUGGUAAUGUGGGAGAUCUGCUCGUUUGGGGAGCGGCCUUAUUGGGAUUGGACGAAUCAUAAGGUGAUACAGGAGGUUCAGGGCGGAUUCAGGCUUCCUCGACCAAUGGAUUGUCCGGUGUUUCUUCACGAACUCAUGUUGGAGUGUUGGCAACAGGAACGGCACAAACGGCCGAGCUUUGAGAUUUUGGUUCAGAGGCUGUCUGGACUGUUGCAUCAGGUUCAGGAGGAAAUGUAAGUUUUUUCAAGAUGUACUAGACUAAAACUGAAUUUUUUUUUUAAGUUUGAGUUAAAAUAAAAUCUUUCAAAUUUUAUAAAAAUUUUAUUUCAGCUCCUACACAAUGGUACCAGAAGCCUCAUCAACUCUAAACCAUCCCCGACCUUCUCCUCCUCUAUCAGCACCACCAGUACUAUCUCUACCAAACUUCCUUAGACUACACAACCUAGUUCACUACAUGGAAAUCUUCACUCGUAACGGUAUUACUACUGUAGACCGCCUUCAAGAUGCCACAUACGCUGAUCUAGUCAAAAUCGGAGUCCACGAUGUUGAUGCUCGACGUAUCGUACAGUACACAGUACCACCCAGCCGGUUAAGCUGUACCAUACCUACUAUGCUGCCAGGAAUGUCACCGGUGGAACAUAUGGUACACUUGGAUCGUGCUGGUACAAUGUCAGACCGCACUUUGCCUGGUAUGAUAUCGGUCGAUCGUAUGUCAGCUGAUCGUACUCUACCAGGUAUGGUAGAUCGUACUAUGCCAGUAGACUGCACGAUAUCUACCGAUGGUGUGAAUCCGGCCGGACCGGGUUAUUUGCUAACUUCUGGCACAUUGAAGCACGGUAGAUCACCAUUACUGUCUAGGUCAUCGAUUGGUACUAAUCAUACCACAUUAACUAAUUCAAGUCAUGGGUCAAGUGUUUCGCCUCAGAAUCUGACAAGGAAACGAGAAGAAGGGUUUUUGGUGUAG